GCACCCUCUUUGCUAUUCCUGAUUUGAGGUUUUAGUUCUAUGGGCCUGGUGCAGCGGGAAAGCACUUCACAAGCAAAACCCUGUCGGUACUGUUUUGUUUUCCUACCACUACAACUGCAAGGACUACACCAUGCCCCCUCCACCUGCCGUGGAGCACAGCCACGCCGCUUGUAGUUCCUCCGAUGAGGAAGGUGAAGCGCUCGGCCUGAAUAUCACAGGAAAAAGUGUUAACGGUAACGGAAUUUGUGAUGCAGUAUCGCACCACAAAACGUGCCCAAAAUUGUCAUGCAUAGCAUGCAUGCUAAGCAAAAUUUGUCAUGCAUAUUUGCAAUCCAUGAAAAUAACCGUUAACGUUAACACUUUUUUGUUUGAUACUGAACACCAAAUGGCUCAACCCGCACAUUGUGCUGGACCAGGCCACCGCUUUAAACGUGGAGAGCGGAGACAUCAAGCGGGUCUUGCAGAAGCUUUACGACGACCGGCUUUGUGAAGACGAGGGAAAAGCUGUAGUCGCCACACCGGAUGAUGAUAAUGAGAUGUUGGUCUUCAUCCCCUUCUCUUCCCCCGCGCAGCUGCAAUCCAUUUUCGUUAUCGGUGGGGAGGGGUCCCAGCACCCGCGGAAGGCGCGGCUGUUCGCGAACCCGCCCAACAGCUGCACCGGGUUUGCCGAUUUUGAGGACCGCCAGCCGGAGCAAGUGCUUGACUUGGCGGAAGACGUCCGGGGCGUCGUCGAGUACCCGGUAAGGGCGAACAAGUUUGCAAAUCUCCAGCAGCUCGUCAUUCACUUUGAGACGGUAUCUAUAACGCUGCGAAGGGUCUUGUUGCGUGUUGUUUUUCUGUGUCGAAGUUAUCGACGAUAUCAUGCGAACACCCAUGUGAAAAGAUUACAGGUUGGUACGCAGCAGAGCAGGUUUCGUUUCCAAUUUAGCGAGACUAGCUCAACAACUUAAAAAACUUGUGAUACGUCGAAAAUCACACCACUGAAAUCAGGACGACUCCGCCGAUGAGAAGAAAGUCCUUUGGAUCGGCCCUAAGGGCACCCCCACCGACUACAAGCGCCAAGCAGUGAUCACCGUGUACGAGAGCCAAGCCAACGUCGCAGACCACGAGGCACCCGACGACGCCUAUGCGGCGAAUCUCUUGCAGCACUGA